AAAAAAAGAAAAAAAGAAAAAAAGAAAAAGUCAUGAAUUGAAUUGAAUAAUGCACCUAAUUAACACUCAUCCGUAUAGAUUUGGACCUUUAUGCUAUACCCAAAAACCCUAUAAAAAAUCCCAUCUUUCCCUCCAAACCACAAUUUACUGCCAUCCCACGAGAUUCCACAAGCACUACACAGCAGCUGCCAUACAGUCUCCAAUGGAAGCUGCGGGCACAGAUUCCGAUGGCCGUGAAUUCAAAAAUCCAGAUGAAAUGUGGUUAGAACACACUGGAGACACUAACAAGAAGACUCAAUGGUACCGUGAUGGUGUUGCUUAUUGGGAAGGUGUGGAGGCAUCAGUGAAUGGAGUGUUAGGUGGAUAUGGGCAUGUGAAUGAUGCUGAUGUGAAGGGAAGUGAAGGGUUUCUACAGACCCUUUUAGCUGAACUGUUUGUUGACGGAGGAAUUGACAGGCAUCUUGUUGCUCUUGAUUGUGGUUCUGGUAUUGGGAGAAUCACCAAGAAUCUUCUCAUAAGGUAUUUCAAUGAGGUUGAUCUUCUUGAGCCAGUGUCGCAUUUCCUUGAUGCUGCCCGUGAAAGCUUGGUCCAAGAAAAUCAUAUAGCAUUGGAUAAGCACAAGGCCACUAAUUUUUAUUGUGUCCCCCUUCAGGAAUUUACACCAGAUGCAGGAAGAUAUGAUGUUAUCUGGGUUCAGUGGUGUAUUGGGCAUCUCACAGAUGAUGACUUUGUGUCAUUUUUCAAUAGGGCUAAGAUUGGCCUCAAACCUGGUGGAUUUUUUGUCUUGAAGGAGAAUCUUGCAAGAAGUGGAUUUGUGUUGGACAAAGAUGAUCGAAGCAUAACCAGGUCUGAUUCAUACUUCAAGGGGCUCUUUAGUCGGUGUGGAUUGCAUCUCUACAAAUCAAGGGAACAAAAGGGACUUCCCAAGGAGCUAUUUGCUGUGAAGAUGUAUGCUUUAACAACUGAUAUUCCAAAGAGAGUCAUGAAGGCCAGAUCCAAAGUUCAAGCCAAUCGACCUGGGAUAAUCAAAUGAAAAAAAUUUCUCGAGCUUUAAAUUGUUGCCAAUGUUGGUCAAGGGGGUGCUACUGCAGCAUGAAAGCCUGUAAUUUGGGAUUCUAAUCUGGCUUAAUGAAUUGACGAGCUGGAGACAGGUGCUUUGAUAGCUAUCUUUGAUUCUGGCUCGGUGAACUGACCAAAUUCAUUCCUGCCAUUGUUGAGUGAGGAAGUCACAUUCAAGAGUAUAAUAGCUGAUCCGAGAUGGGCUGGUUAAUUUAGAGUCUACUACAUGUUUUUAAUACAGAACACUGGAUAUUUCAAGAUUUUUGUGUUCCUUUGACUGCUAGAUAGAAUGAUAUAUCACCAGCUUAGCUUUUU